UUAAUCUUUUCUCUCUUCUGAGUUAUCAUGAUUUCCUCAAACGCAUAAGAAAAGUGGCUCUCUUUGUAUGAUGAAAUCGUAGCAGAUGCAACAUCAAACACCGUCAUAUAUAUGAGAAAUCGUUAUUGUUGUUCCUCGUAAAACAAUGUCUUCUCCAAAAAUUUCAUUCUUGUUUCUUUUUUUCUUUUUGUUCUCUUUAUGGACAUCACCAGCUUCUGCAACCAAAAAGUCUUACGUGGUAUAUAUGGGAUCGCACUCGCAUGGCUCAGCUCUUACAAGGGCAAUUCUCCAGAGGGUAUCAGAUUUCCACAUUAAUUUCCUAGCAACAUUCUUGGGAGGCAAAAAUAAAGCAAAGGAAUCCAUAUUUUAUUCAUAUAGAAGGCGUAUUAAUGGUUUUGCAGCUGAUUUGGAAGAGAAAUUUGUAUCUCUUAUUCAAUUGCAUCCUAAAGUGAUAUCAGUUUUCCCAAAUGAAAUGAGAGACUUACACACAUUCCGUUCAUGGGAUUUUCUAUCUUUGGAAGAAAAUGGUGUGGUCAUGUCAGGUUCUUUGUGGGGAAAAGCCAAGCUUGGGCAAGACAUUAUCAUUGGAAAUCUCGACACAGGUGUUUGGCCUGAAAAUCCAAGUUUUAAUGACCAAGGCUAUGGGCCCAUUCCAUCAAGAUGGAAGGGUUCUUGUCAAAAUGAUGAUGAUAAGGUUCCAUUUUCUUGCAAUAGAGAAGCAUAACAGCAGCCCAUCAAUGGCCUAUUUGACAACAAGUAUUUAAUGAAAGGCAUCCACAGCAAGCAGUAGCGAGGCAACAACAUAUGAUAACAUUUUGAAGAUAACAGUGGUUCUUUAGUGUUCGAAUAGGAAAGAGAUUCAUUUGGGUUUUUAAAACAAGGCAAAGAAAUUUUAAACUUAGUCCAACUAAUUCUGGUAUGGAAAAUAUUUUUAAAUAUACAGUUCUCAUCAUGGAAAACCUAACAUAUCAGUAGAAAGAAUUAUUGCACUAAUAAACUAACACUGUAAAAAAAAGAUAUGGUUUAAAUCUUAAGGUUUCCAAAAUGCAUUACAACAGAGUAAAUUAUACUCAUACUUCCACAC